CCAAUCCAUAUUUCAAAAAAUAUAUUUGUUUUUAUAUGAGACGACAACGGCAGUAACGUCGUUUAUGGGCAGAAGCGUCAGAGAAAUUAGAAUGGAGAUGAUAUUGUCCGUUACCAAAAUCAGAAGCAAAAACAAAGACCGCCAUCAUGCUCGUAAGCUCCUCCUCUCUCAAACCCCCUUCUUCGUCUUCUUCUGUUCCUCCAUUGGCGAUCUCUUCUGACCUCAACACGUCAGGCCUACCCAUCAUCUACAGCCGCCGCAACCUCCUCGCCAUCAUCGCUAUCUCAGCGACCCCCGUCUUGAUUCUCGCCGUCAAUUCGAUUCCUGUUGCAGCGGCUGGUGGACUUUCUCAGCUCACCAACGUACAGCUCUGCAGCGGUGCAGAGAAAGAUAGUAAGAUGAAACCAAGAAAGGAAGCAAAGAGAAGAAGCGGACCUUCAUCACCCCUAAAGGACCGAACUACAGUCUCCUCUGGCUAUGAACCAAGGUCUUCUGGGCCACGCUCUUCCAGGCUCAGCCCCCCAGUCUCUCUUCGCAACCAGGAGCUAGUAACUGAUGACAGUACUCUCUUUGAAGGUCUCUCAAUCUCUGAAGACCCCAGCAGCUCCAGUUCCAAUUCCAAUCCUCGAAGUUUUCCAUACAGUGUGAAGCAGCAAUGCUGGGAGAAGGCUGAGAAGAUCAAAGGGCGGGAUCCAGAUAGGUGGCGCCGAGAUUCCCUUGGCAACAUUGUCUUUCGGAAGCUUGUGGGCUGCCCAGGUUGUCUGUGUCAUGACUAUGAUCACAUUUUGCCUUACUCUAAGGGUGGACAAAGCACACUAGAAAAUUGUCAGGUUUUACAGUUAACCGCUCAAAAGGAAAUCGAACUGAGCUAUCCAGAGCUGAACUUAUCCAGAAAAGUUCUUAUUGUCGUGUGUCAGGCCGCGACAUGGAUCUCCUCGAGCUUUCUGCCUAUGGCAACGUCCGGCAUUCACGAGAGUUUGGGGGAUGUAGAAUUCAAUAACCAGUUUUGUCUUACUCUAUCCAUCGUCCAAUCCUCCAAUUAUUGCUAAGUAAGAUUAUUGUUAUUAUUGUAACAAACGCAGCCAAUGUCAUUAGGUACUUGCGCAAUCAAAUUAUUCAUUUGUUAGAGAAAUCUUUAGAACUCACAAUAUAAUUGCACUGUUCUCUAAUGUUUAGACUAGACUAAUGAGUAGCACACAUCCUAUGUGUGUACGUCAAGCAUGGCUAAUUUUUACAUACAUCUUAAAACAACUUAUACCUUAUUAUGACCAUCUCGCAUUGGUUGUCAGAUUCCAUUAUGAAAGAAGAUUAUCCAGUACAACUUCUUGUA